AUGGCUCGACGACCGCCAACCCUUGACUCUCCAGAAGUAACUCCCAAAGCCCCGGGUUUGCGCAGCAUGGGUUCGUCAUCAGACGUUCUCUCGAUGUCUUCGAAAUCAGCAAGAGCACUCCCUUACGCCAACCCUCCCCCGGCCUACGUCUCCGCAUCCGAGGCCCAAAAGUUGAUAUUUGCCGAGUUGGAGCGGCAGGUCAAGAUUACAGAGGGCGCAGUUGGCUUGGUCAAUGGAUUCUUAGAUCAGAUCCUCUAUGAUAUUCUGGUGAAAUCGCAUUCUACUGCCUUGUGGGCCGUUCGCCCUGCGGUGCCUGCGGUCCUGAAGCAGAGACUUGGAAGGUCGGCCUUGCAGGCGGCAGACGAGGAGUUGCAAGACUACAUUCCUGAAAACGAGAUGGAAGAGAUUCUGUCAGCUCCACCCGUCCUCGACCCGAAGGCCGAUUUUGACACUGAUCUGGCGUGGAAGUUGACUAGAUUGCGCUGCAUGGUCUAUGCAAAGCUGGGAGAUAUGGAAGAAGAGGACGAAGAGGACUACUUGGAAGACAUUGACCUCCGAGACCACUUCUCAACCGUACAUGAGUCGGUGAGAUCCUCGGCGACCAUCUCACCUCCGACCGCUAUCUUCCUGACGACGGUACUCGAAUUCCUGGCGGAGCAAGCGCUGUGCAUCGCUGCCCAGCAUGCUACGAAGCGACACGUCGCCGCGUCAAAAGACACGUCAAACGAAACCAUGCAUGAUGGCCCUAUUUUGCUGGAGGAAAUAGACAUAUCAGGGGUCGGGAAGGAAGGGCCCUUGAUCAGACUUUGGCGCUCGUGGAAAGGCAGUGUUAGGAGCGCUGGUAGUAUAUCCUCACGACCAACCACGCCAAACGUCAUGUCGCCUGUCAGUCCAGAGUCACCCAACUACGAAUGGAGGUUUCCUGCCGCUCCUCCCAUCUCGACGAUUCAAGAAGAACAGAGUCCCUCACUGAAGCCCAGGCUCAGUCCACUACCGGCCGAUGUCCCACUACCUCUCAACGAGAAUGAUAUAGCGGAAAUUGAAACCCCGGGUUUGGCUCGUGAUGUUGAUGAGAACGUGGAUGACGGAGACCGCCCUACACUGGACGCACGACGACCAUCGAGCAUGUUAGUAAUGCCCGGGAAAUUUCCUGAUGCUCCAGCUCCUGUUUCCAAUGAUGAUCCGCAGAGACCCGAGUUUACGAGGCAAAGGUCGCACUCUCUACCCAACUCGGGCCCCACUCCUCCAAUGCUCCUCUCCAAAGCCGAAGUCAACGGCAGGCUACUAGACCACGGCGCUACUAGUUCGCUUGAAGAUUUACAGACCAAGGUAGACUACGUGGCACAGUCCAAGAGUGGUCCCGCCCAGACUCCAGCUCAACAAAGAGUGGCCAGAUCGCCCACAAACACUGUUAGCAGCACUGUGGCUACAAUUGCUGGAGCAAUAAACGUGGAAGCAUCCCGUCGACGAGCGCAAUCUUCAUUGGAGCAGAAUGACCCGAUAGUUUCGAGUGGCGAUGCUCAACAUGGCCUGGGCCUCAGCGCUGAACAGGAUGACGACGAACGAGCUGGACCCAUGGGCAAUCCAGAAGGUGGAACCGACCCUGAAGACCUUGCAUUGAGUUCAGGUGAUGAGCACGAUAGCCGAGACCCUCGAGAUUCUGGCUUCGGGGUUGCUGGGGCCGAAGUCAUUCUUCCGAUACAAGGACACGUCGAUGAGGAACAUCGGCGAAGUGAGCGCGAUACAAUCAUCGUGAGCACUCCUGGACAGGAUAGUUUCCCCAGCUCGGCAGCGGCUCAUUACGAAGAGUAUGAUCCUUACUCCACUCAAGACUCGGCCCAGCCUACAAUGCCGCGUUCAACUCAAGAAAUUGACAAUGUGGCGGUCCCAGCGACGUCAACCUUCACAGGUCGAACUACGUCUCUAGAACACCGCACAGGCCGGUCACCUACAGAUGUGCGAUUCCCCCAACACCUGCCGACUUCCCAGCGGCCAACUGCUACAGAUCAUGCUCAAGAUCACGUCCCUAGAUUCGCUACCUCGUCUAAUUUGGCACAAAGUGCUCAUUCGAGGGCGACAAAUGCCAAUGGACCUUCGACUGCAGGCUCGCCGACGACUAGACGGCAACAUAUCCGGCUUCGCUCUGAUGAAGACAACAGAGUCGAGGAAUUAGAGAUAGCCAAGAAGAGCUUGGAUGUCUUGAUCGACAGCGACGAAACCCUUCACUACACCCUCACCCCAAGACCCGCUCGAGAUGUGAGUCAGACUUCGCGCACAAUCCUUUCUACCGCUGAUUCUUUUCAGGGAGGCAAGCCCAAAGCGAAAAGUCAGACACAGGAAUUGGCAGAUUUCUUCCGUACUACCGCACCACCUGGAGCAGAGCCUGUGAUGCCCAAGUCUUCCCGCUCGGCGAAAGAGUCGCUGGGAGGUCUCAGGUCAAACCCGUCUGGUUCCCAGCCACCUCUGCCGGUAAACACCAGACCCCCAUCGUCGUCCAUAGUUCCCCAGUCUGCGAGCUCGUCUCCGAAGCCAAAGAAUCCCCUCGGGGAACCACGUGAUCCUAGAAUGACACGCAACAACAUCAGGGAUCUCGCCGACUAUGCUCGGUCCACGGGGCCGGAGAACGAAAUGCAGCUCCCGAAGGCGCUGGUUGCCCGGCCAGGUACCGCUCAAAACACGGACUCGGUGGCGCCUGUCAAUGAUGUUAACGAGAAGCGUCCAUUGACAAGCCCUGAGAAGCCUGCCAACCGUCUGAAGUUCCAGGCACGCGAUGCUCGGGCGCCAAGGACUGCGGAGAGCUCGGAUUUGAUCGACUUUAUUAGAGAAGGUCCACCUCGAGCCCCAGGAGAACACCGUAUUGACCGCCGAGUUGCCCCUUUCCGUACAACAAUGGAUUCUGAUGAUCUCAAUGCCCUGGCUCCGCCACCAGAGCUUGAUGCCAAUGGACGUAGAUCUGAGGGAAGCGGUGUUGAGAGUGCGGUGACCGUCAAGUCGAUGCCCUCAUCCAUGAGUUCUCGCACCGGUCUCCUUGACUCGACAAAUCGAGCUGCUGGAAAAGCUACAAAUGGAAUCUCUUCAAGACAACCCGUGAUUCCCGAAACAGACGGCAUACCAAAGAGAAAUCGCCGCAAGGUCCGUGACCCAUAUGCCAUCGACUUUAGUGAUGAGGAGGACGAGGAGAUGGACGAUGAUCUGUUCCCUUCCAAACGCAAAACAGAUGAAGAAUCUCUGGUUGAUUUUCUGCGAAACACAGCUCCGGGGCCUGGGAUGGCCACGCAACCGAUCCUUGGCGCGGUUGCAAGCCUCUCGCAGGACGAGGCCCAGGGCGACCUGAGACGGCAGUCGAGCACUUCCAAGUUGAAGGAGUACCUGCAAGGAUCUACGCAAAGCAGGAACGGCACGAGCACUGGCAAGCCGAACGGCGCAAGAGCAGAGUCUCCCCACUUGACACAAAUCGGUUCCAAAAUGGACAAAUAUCGCCCAACGCAAGUCACUCACGCACCCCACGUGGACCGAAAUAGAGCAAGGAUGCGUGCAGAGCCACGGGACGCGACUGUCACGGCUGGCGGCGGUACCGCGGAUCUGGCAGCAUACCUGAAAAACUCAGGGCCCCCUCCUGGAUCUGAGGAACCCGUCCAACGACUGGGUACUAACAAGGAGCAGGCGAGGUUCCUCAGGUUUUUCCAGCGCAGAGGAAGCGUGAAGAAGUGA